CUGCCUUUUUGUCUUGUUUUGUUUAUGCUUUUGUGUAUCUCUUCGUCGCUCUCGCUUCAUCAUCAUCAUGCCCUCCGACGAACUAUCCGACCACGGCGCCGGCCUGACCUCCGACAGCGGCGAACUCUUGCCUUGGCUCUGGUCCAUUGAAACCCUAGCGGAGGAAAACUGGUGUGAUGCCUCCAUUGUACAAGCUUGUAUUGAUAGGGUUCCGAAUUUCUGGGAUAAGGCCUCCGAUUGCAUCAAGGAGAAGGUCAUCUUGAGAUAUUUGCGGGAACUCUUGAAUUCUGGAGCUUUUGGUUCCUCCCAGUUUUUGCCUUUGGAUUCUGAUAGUCGAGAAGUUGAGAAUGUGCCUAGCUCGGAGGUUCUUUGCCGCCUUCUCCGUAAGGCAUCUUCUUUGUGUAACUCUACUAAGGGUAUGGAUAAGGGUAAGGAAAGGAGUAGAGGUCAUUGGCGAGGGAAGGACCUUCGGCGAUAUAUACGCCGGAAGUCAUCAGAUUUACCAAGGUCAUCUCUUGAUUUGUUGAAGAAUUGUAGUGUAGAAGGCCACUCGAAGCUUCUGUUGUCCUUGAAGGAGUCUAGUAGCUCGGGCAGAUUGAAUGAAGCUAACAAUCAGGUCUGUGAUAUUGGUGCUGAGCAGGAGAUAGAAAUCCAAAUGCCAAAAAUGAAAAAGCCUAAUUCCGCAGCUGAUCCAGCCAAUUUGGUCACUGAAGAAGAUUCUACUAGAUCUAGACAACAUUUACCUGUGUUGAAUUGCAUGGAUAGUGAUAGAAGAGAGCAAUCACAUAGAAAUAUUGGUGGUAAUGGCUGUGAAAAUGUGGAGUUAUCAAGGCAUGAUUCCUUACCCCAGAUCUCAAGUAAAGAAAAGAGUGGUCCUCAGCAAGACUCUAAUCCGCCUCUCCAUGAGCAAAGCCAUUUUGAUGGUGAUCAGAUUGUUUGUGUGGAAACAGGUAAUGAUGAUGAUGCUGAUGGUUAUCGUGUUGUGCCUACAAAUCCUGGUGUGAAUGCUGAUAAAGCUGCCAGAAUUUAUGUAGAUCUUGAUUCUAUGGCUGAUGAUUGGACCGAAAAAAAUUUGUGUGUGAAAUGUAAUAAAAAUGGUCCAAUGUUUAAUUGUAGUGACAAUAGCUGUUUGAUGGCGGUUCAUGAAAAGUGCUUAGGAACAUCACCUUAUUUUGACGAAAGAGGAUUUUACUAUUGUCCUCCUUGUUCAUACAAAAUAACCACCACUGCAUAUCGCAAAGCAAAGUUGACAAUGCUGCGAGCCAGGGAAGCUCUGUCAGCUUUUUUGAGCAAGGAUUCAAUUCAAGAUAAACUAAAGGGGACAGUAUCUGUCGGAGUUCCAAGAGAAGUUAAUCAACCUGGGGUCACUGUAGAUUUGGAAAAAGGAGAAGCUUCUAAAGUCUCAUGUGAGGGUGAUAAAGGUGAUGUCUCUUGUGCUGAUUUGAUCUUUAGGAGAUCUGGUUAUGAAACCGUGAAUGACCACAUUGAGUCCAUGCAAUUGCAAUCUCAUAAUGCAACAGUGACACACGCAGCUGAGAAUGAUGGCGUGAACUGCAUCAGGGAGGAGAGGGAUGUUCCUCAGAAAGGUUUUGUUGUGGAAAAAGGAGAAGCUUCUAAAGUUUCAUAUGAUGGUGAUAAGGGUGAUAUCUUUUGUACUGAUUUGGUAUUAAGGAGAUCUGGCUGUAAAACUGCAAAUGACCACGUUGAGUUCAUGCAAUUGCAAAUUCAUAAUGCGACAGUGACACACGCUGCUGAGAGUGAUGGCAUGGACUGCAGCAACGAGGAGAGGGAUGUUCCUCAUAAAGGUUUUGUUGUGGAAGAGAACCACCAUGGAUCUAAACAAUUACAGCCUCAUAAUGCGAUAGUGACACCUACUGCUGACAAUGACGACACAAACUGCAACAAUGAGGAGAUGGUUGUUCCUCAGGAAGGUCUUGUUGUGGAAGAGAACCACCAUGGGUCUAAACAAUUGCAAUUUCAUAAUGCAAUAGUGACACCUACUAUUGCGGAUGCUGAUACAAACUAUAUUAACGAGGAGAGAGAUGUUCCUCAUGAAAGUUUUGUUGCAGAAGAAAACCAGCAUUCUGAACCUGAUGCAGAUAAUGAUAGCAGGAAUUUGCACUGCCAUGAUUUGAAUUCUGUUCAGACAAGAAAUGAACAUGGGUCUGUGGCUGUUGAAGGCAAACAACAUAAUGAAGAUAAUGGGGAUACAGUAAACAUGCUAAGAGAUAAUGAGCCACCUGAAACUAUUAUGAACUUCCACACAGAGAACACCACUGACCCAGGAUCUUUAGUUUUACCAACUAGUGGGAAUCAUGCCAAGAGGAGAAAACUUGAUUUAGAGAUGGAGAAUCAUACUCCACGUGUGCCUGCUAUAGCAAAGGAGGAAAAGAAACUGUCUUCUGAUAACGCCAACAAACGUCAAACUCAAAACAAGCGCUACUCAAACCCAAUCGUAUCUCUUGGAAGGCGGACAAGACUUCAUUGGACAGCCGAAGAGGAAGAAAUCCUUAAAACGGCAGUUCAGAAAUUCGCCAAUGAUGGUGAGAGAACUCUUCCAUGGACAAAGAUUCUAGAUUUUGGCCGCCACAUCUUCCAUAAAACUCGUCAGCCUGGUGAUCUGAAAGACAAAUGGCGAAAUAUUAGAAACAAAGAGGCUUCAAAAGGAAUGGAAAGAUGAUGUUCUGAGACAAACCAUGAAUUUUUAACCAUGAGGGCCCGAGCUGCUUUCAUUUUUGUGACUUUGCCGUCUGAGGAAGUUCGUGAAGUAGAUAUAUCCAUCCUGUUUUCUACAAAUUGUGGCAGCCAAGUCUUAAACAAAUUUGAUGACUUACCCAUAUAUGAAGAUACAUGCAUCAUUUUGUACAAAAUUUGUGACAAUGUUGUGAGUGUGUGUGUAUAUAUAGAUAGAUGGGUCAGUGCUGAAAUGCAUUUGUGACAAUGCAGCUGAUGAUGUUUACUUUGCUGCUAAAUCAUGUAAUUUCACCCUCUGGGUUGCACAGCAUUAGCAUAAGUUAUUAUUAUUAUUAUUAUUUUAUUAUUUUUUGGAGAAAUAUGAACAAACCAUAGGAUUGGAACCCAA